ACGAUGUCAAUUAUGUCAGUCAAAAUAAAUUGAAAUCAUGUAUCAUCAAAUUUCAUUUCGAAAAAUUCUAAAUUCAUAAUGAGUAAAAAUGGAUCCAAAUCAAAGAAAAACAGGACGCAAAAACUAAUAAUACCAAAAGGAACCUUAGAUAACAAUGAUACAACAGUUAUAGAAAUUCCAUCGCAGUACCGGAGUCAAGAAAUAGUUAUUGCUAAAAAAUCGAACAUUUCCAGCUAUUCUUCCAAAAUUGACCAGAGUAUUAAUACGUAUUCUUCGGAUAGAGGAUAUCAUCAAUCAAUUGCACCAUGCGGGAGACAAAUGGAAACAGCCAGUCAAACACCAUACGAUGAAAGUGAUAUUGAGAAGUUAAUGGAAGAUCUAGAAGCUUACUACCAUGCACAAAAAAAUUUUCUGAUUAAAUCUUCUACCCUCCUUAGAAAACAAAUGGAUGAGUGCCAAAACCAAAAAACUCCCAGUAUGUGCAGCUGUAACCAACAGAAUUCAGCUACAACCAGUUAUACUCCUGCUGUGUUUCUGAUGAAAAAAGUUUGCUCUCAGGAAAAUAUAUCGUCCUGUAGUUUUGAAGGUCAAUGCAGAAAAAAAGAAGCUCAACCAUGCACGAGAAGUUGGGGAAGGAACGAAAGUCCUAGAAUGAAUAUGAGCGGAUCUUAUUACAACCCUGAUUUAAGUAUGUCCAGGAAUAUUACCCAAUAUUCAAAUAAUAGCAAUAACCCACAGAGUUUUGUUAAUAAGAGUACUUCUGGUCAGACAAACGACUCUUUUUGGCCUAGGAAUGAAAAUAGUCCGUUUGAAAGUACUGCAAUAUCCGAUCCGCAUUAUGAUCUUUUCAGAGAAGGAAUCAGUAGAAACGCGGAUGUGUCUAGAAGUCAGUAUGGUGCGCCAUCUACAACGGCAACAAGUUCUCAAUUAAGGUUUGACACUACGAAUCAGCCUCCUAAUAGGUCAAUUCUAAAAUCUCCUAAUAUGGACGACACUAUGGAAAGCGACGGAGGAAAUUACUCGAUCAACAGACAAAUGGAGAGUUUCAGAUAAUAGUGAUAUUUCAAAAGAGUCGAAAUAUCCUAUAAUUUUGACAUCAAAGGAUUUGAAAAGAAUUCGAGAUGAAGUUGAAGCCAUACACUUAAAGAUCAGGAAAUGUAAAGCGAAAAACUGCCCUUCUAAUAAAAGCCUAUCUAAGUCUAAAUGAGAUAAGUUGAUAAACAAUAUACUUUUAUUAAUAAAAAGACUGGUUAUGUAUCAACAAA